AAAUCUUUUUUAAUGUCUCUUUUGGCAUGCAUUGAGGCCAUGCAAAAUACUUGCCCAGGGUACAGAAAAGCCUUCAUCCGGCCCUGGUUAUGGUUAUGGAAACUUUGCUUCUUCAAAAGGGAAGUCAACCUGGAGAGAUAGUGUUCAAGUAUAAAAUACCACGUGGAAGAGAGAGAUAGGAAACUGACUUAUAAGCGGGCAUUUUUUUAAUCGUGUCUGCUUGAGAAGGCGAGUCUCAAAGUUCUUUCAGAAUGGGCAGUCUUUCCUCAGAUGCGUCGGGACAGCUGCAGAAUCGGGUCACGGAGAGGUGUCCUUAAUUUUACCAACUGAUGUGCGCGGACGGGUCACCUCUUCUCACGGCGGAGAACGCUCCUUUGCCAGGUUUUGCCAGCGGGAUAGCGAUCCCCGAUCCAGCGCCAGGACUCAAACCAUCUGCUGCGCAAGAACCUGCAGGGGGCCGUGAGAUCAGCGCGCCGGCGUGGGCUUUGUACGCAUCCCAGACACGAUGAAUAUCCAGGUUCUACCAGAACACAAGCUCUCGUCGGUCGCCCCGCUGAAGCAGUGCAAUGUGGAGAAAAAAGAAGUAGAACUGAUACUGGUGAAGGACCAGAAUGGUGUCCAGUACACCAAUUCCACAAUCAUCCCUACCGCUGCUCGGUGCGCGGGUCCCCACGGAACCUCUACCGACAUCGAGAGAGAAACUUGGGGCAAGAAAAUAGACUUUCUGUUGUCAGUCAUUGGCUUCGCGGUGGAUCUGGCCAACGUUUGGAGAUUUCCUUACUUGUGCUACAAAAAUGGAGGAGGUGCCUUUUUGAUCCCCUAUAUUCUUUUCUUGGUAAUUGCGGGGAUGCCAUUGUUCUAUAUGGAACUUGCCUUGGGCCAGUACAACAGAGAAGGGGCGGCAACAGUUUGGAAAAUAUGUCCUGUCUUUAAAGGUGUGGGCUACGCUGUGAUUGUCAUAGCCCUUUAUGUUGGCUUCUACUACAACGUGAUCAUUGCCUGGUCGCUCUACUACCUGUACUCCUCCAUGACUGCUGAGCUGCCGUGGCUCAAAUGUGGCCACAGCUGGAACAGCAUAAACUGCACCGAUCCCCAGCACAUCAACGCCUCUUUUUUUGACAAAAACACAUCUUAUGCCAAUAACAAAUUCACCCCAGCAUCAGAGUACUACGAACGAGGUGUGUUGCAUCUCCAUGAAAGCAAAGGUAUCGAGGACCUGGGUCUGCCUCGCUUGGAGCUAACGUUGUGCUUGGUUGUGGUGGUCUUCAUUCUCUAUUUCAGCCUAUGGAAAGGUGUCAAGUCUUCAGGGAAGGUGGUGUACAUCACAGCUACAAUGCCAUACGUCGUCCUGUUUGUGUUGCUCAUUCGAGGCAUAACUUUACCAGGGGCCUUAAAUGGCAUCAAGGCCUAUCUUAACUUCAGUUUAUCCGAACUCAACAAUCUGCAGGUAUGGAUUGAUGCUGCCACACAAAUAUUCUAUUCAUUGGGAGCUGGAUUUGGUGUGCUCAUCGCGUUUUCCAGCUACAAUAAGUUUGACAACAACUGCUACAGGGAUGCCAUCUUGACCAGCGCUGUGAAUUGCAUCACAAGUUUCGUCUCAGGGUUUGCCAUCUUUUCCGUGCUGGGAUACAUGGCUCAAAAAUAUAACAUGGAUAUAAAAGCUGUGGCAACAGAUGGACCGGGCUUGGUGUUUAUCAUUUACCCUGAGGCAAUUUCUACACUUCCUGGCUCAACAUUUUGGGCCAUUGUGUUCUUCAUUAUGUUGCUGACUUUGGGCAUCGACAGCUCGAUGGGUGGCAUGGAGGCAGUGAUCACAGGCCUCUCAGAUGACUUUAAGUUUCUCAAGAGGAACAGAAAGCUGUUUACUUUUGCCACAGCUUUUGGAACAUUCCUCAUGGCUCUCAUCUGCGUCACCAAUGGUGGAAUCUAUGUUCUGACUUUGUUGGAUAAGUAUGCAGCUGGAACUUCUAUAUUGUUUGCUGUGCUGAUUGAGGCCAUUGGAGUGUCGUGGUUCUAUGGUGUGGACCGCUUUAGUGAAGAUAUUGAGCAAAUGAUGGGCUUUAAGCCAGGAUUGUACUGGAGGCUCUGCUGGAAAUUUGUCAGCCCAGUUUUUCUUCUGUUCGUGGUAAUAGCCAGUACUGUGACUUCAUCUGGGCUAAAGUACGGUGAUUAUGUCUUCCCUAAUGGGGCCAACCUUUUGGGCUGGGGCGUGGCCAUGUCUUCAAUGCUGUUUGUUCCAUUUUAUGCCAUCUAUAAGUUUUUCAGUGUGCGAGGAACUUUCACAGAGAGAAUAGCCUACUGCAUCACUCCAGAACAUGAGCAUCACAAGGUAGCAGAAGGAAAUGUACGGCAGUUCAAACUCAAGCACUGGUUGGCCAUUUGAAAAUAGAAGCCCAGAUCGCCGUGAUCCAUCAUCUGGAUUCUCUUUUGUGCCACCAGUGAUUGGACAGAGAAGGAGAGCUGCAGCGUCCUGUUGCUAUUAGCAGCAUUUUCCCUCAACAGUGGCAUCAAGCACUUUGAUUUGUUUAAAUUCUGAAAUUAUUCUACUUCUUUAGCUCAAGCAGGAAACCCUAUGGGCAUCAACGUUUUUAUUUUUUUUAUGACAUGCUGAGAUUGUGCAGCUAUAACCUCUUGGAAGAAAUAUAAACUACAGUUAGCACCUGAAAAUAUCGCAUCUUCUCCCGAAAUAUUUCUCUGUAGGGACCAAGAUAUUCACUUUUUAAAAAAUGGAAUAUUAGUCAAAUAAAAAAGAAUUGGUCUGUUCUGUUAGCACAAUUGUUUCCAUUUGCUAGUGCCUUAUUAAGUGAUACAGUCGAUAUUUCCCACAGUUCACGCAAAGAAAAGGAAUAAACUGUGUUGACUCAGGAACCCUGAAAAAAAAUCAUGAGAAUUCUGCUCUUUGACAUUACUGUCAAGUUUAAGUGAUUUGGCAAAAAAAAACAACAUAUGAGAUGUUUUCAUGUCACUUUUUGUGCCUUAUUCCAUUUUCUGGAAAACAGAAAAGGGAAUAUUGCAUAGAUCUUAUCAAAACUCUAAAGCACUGUGGCAACCUUUUGUGAACUUUAAAAGCGGGGCUCACUGCCAAGCUGUAGCUUUAAGGAAACCUUACACAGAACCUGAUCAGUGCCCAGCUGCUGACUUUAAGCAGGGAGGGAGGAACUAAACCAAAAAAAUGGCAUUACUGUUACAGAUAAUUUUAUAAUUAAUGUGUGAUUUUUCCUUUUAAAUUUUGUGUCUGUUGAAUCCUUUAUGGAAUCCAUGUGGCUUUUUCUUAGAAGACAUAAAAAGAGAAAAGAAAGCGAGUUUGUGGGUAUGUGUGUGUACGUAUGACUAAUGAACGUUUACUGUUGGUGUUUAGUAAAUAGAUUACUGAAAACUGAAAUGGACUGAUUUUAGUGUACUGUAUGAUAACCAUAUAAUAACAACUUUUAUAUUUUCACUUCAAACACAAAAUUGUUUUAUAUCACCAUAAAAGUGCCAAUGUUUUUCUUUGUUUCCAAUUUUUCCUUUUAUUUAAAGGUUUCAAAUAACACUGAAUCACAAACAGAAAACCCCUGCUAAAAAGAAAAAAGCCACACAGGAAAAAAAGAAAAAAUAUAUUUGUUCAAUAUAUAAGAAGACAUAAAAAUAUAUAAAUAUAUUCUUUUGGUAUAAAUAUAUUCUUUUGUUUUAUCUAAUGUGGUAUUUAUCAAGCUGUUUAUAGCAAAUCGUGAAUCGAAAGUAUUUUAAAUGUAUCUGUCCAGAACUAUAACAAGUUGUCUGAUGUAUAGCUCAAAUGAUCGACUUAAAAAGAGAAUAUUCCUCAGUGUAACCCUGGGCUAUUUUGUCUUGUAUGAAUGUGAACAAAAUACAUCCUGGUUGUCAUGAACCAUGUUUACAGAUAUAAUGAAUACAAUAAAAAUGUCCUGUUGAACGUGAGUGACAGCUGUCUAUGACGUCUAAGGUAUAAAUAAAAUAAAGAAUUUCUUCUACACAA